UGAGUAGCGAAUCCAGAGGGAGGGAGGAGUGGAGAGAUCAGGUUAUAUCUUCCUACUCCGAGUCCACUCGCCCCCUCCCCCUUCUCGUACUUUGCUGGUUGGAUCUUCAGGCUGGACUAUUUCAUUGCACAUGCGCCUGACGCCGGGCGACCGCGCGAGGCAGGCGUUUCGGGGGCCCUGAACUGUGUGGGAGGUGUGCGCAGCGCUGGGCGGUGUGCGUCAUCGCGCGCUACUUUAGCAGGUACUUGCAGAGGACCUUGCAUGCCCCACCUUAGAGAGGCAGGAAACAUACUUUUCUUUUUCAGGAAAACCUAUGUCAAAAGCCUCAAGAUGCCUUCUGAUUUGCAAGCGCUGUUCCUCCGAAUCAACAAAAUCGCCAUGUUGCCAGUGAACCCUCUGAAGGUUGUCGUUUGGAUCAGCAAUUUCACAUUUAGUACACGGCUUCUCCCAAGUCUUUCAUCAAGGGGAACGGGAGGGAGGAACCACCCUACGUUCAGAGAGCUCAACUUCUCCCUCAUUCUGUACAACUACGAAGUCUAAGGAACCAGUUCCUAGAAAGAGGGUAUCUAUUCACAGCAAUUCCGGAAAAGUGACCCUAAAUUGGACUUAAAUCGGAAUUCCGAGUUCUUGGUGUCUUCUCCCCAGCUUCCGGUGCCCCCGCGUGCCCUGCCCGGCGGCCGCACUGCGGCAAGGCCGUAAAUACCUCUAACAGCUGCCUGCCAGCCCAGAGUGAAAUACUGUCUUUGUUCCGAUUUCUCUUGCUUCUCGAGCUCGGAAAGCAGAAUUCUGGCGAAAUACAUUUAUUUGGAGGAGCAUCUAACAGGAAAAUAGGUUUGGUUUUUCAGUCCUGGUGCUUGGCCAUAUUUAUAACAAGGAGCUUCGUUCUUUUUCCUGGUCCUCGGAGACCGCAAGCCCAGCUCACUGCCUGACCUUAGAUUCUAAGACCCUGACAUGCCAUCGGCUCCCUGAUCUAUAAACGGAUAGAAGUUUGGCCAAGGACGCUGGGAGUUACACUCCCUGGCUUGUGGCCUCUUAGGGUCCGAGUAUUUUUUUUAUUUCGUUUACUUUUAAAAAGAUUAGGUUAACAGGGACAGUGGGAGCAUUUCUGGCAGUGGCAAAAGUGUUAACUAGUCUCCUCAGUAGUCUAAGUGGCCUGAGUUCAAAUGUGAUUUGCAGAUUAUUUACUCCCUUCGAUGCAAGUGACCAUUUAGUUCCAGUAAGCUCUUAACGCUACCACAGGGACUUACAAAGAGCUCCUUAGUCCUCCAUAUCUGCCCAUGACAUCAUCCUCUGCAGCAUAAUCAGACCUGCAGCCUGCUCAGGUUCCUAGUCACUUGGGCGUGCUCAGUCACCAAAUUCAGGGAAGGGCUACUGAAGCUCUGAACACAAGAGCUUGGUAAUCACGGCCACAACUCAUCCCCAUCCCCAUCGUGGUUCCAGCCAACUUAGGUGCUCCUUAGGCUCUGGAACUGCCAGGGGAGGGCCUUGGGAGCCCCCCCACCAGGGGCCUGCUUUUCAGUAGGUAAUGCUCUAUGCCAAUAUGAAAGAAUGAUCUCAGCAGUACCUUAGUAGAGGAAUCGUUACAAAAUACAGACAUUCCAAAUGUAAAAAUCAUUGUUUCUUAUUUGUGGAGGAUCGUAGUGAUCCACGACAAUUCCGCAGAAGUCAAUGGGCCACAAAUCUCCUAGCCCUCCAUUUUGAAAUGAGCAUCAUUCCAUCAUGAAUUACUAAAAAUGCCUUUCUAUAAAGAUGUCGUUUAUUGUUCAGAAAUCCUUUUGUGGCCAACAUUGUUACACUGGAAUAUUGGGGAGAACAUUAAAUUAGAGUUUUCCGCUGGGUGCUUGAAAAAUGAUACUCUGCCAUGUGUAGGUCAACCCCAUGCGCAAUGCGGCAGAUUGUCCAAAGGUUUUACUCUUUCACAAUGUGUCCAUGAGGGAAAAGGCAAUGGGAUUUGAGAACUGCAUCCUCAAGUGCCAUUCAAAGUCCGUGGGAGAAAAUUGCAUUUUUCCUCCAAAUAAUUUUCUUUUGACUCAUAGAUAUUUUGGUUCAGUGAUUUUGAAGUAGAGUUGAAAAUGUUGCCAUAUAAUAUUCGUUUCUAAGCAAAACAACAAUGACCUACACCAUGACAGUACAUUUAGAGAGCAAAAUAUCUACUUUUUUCCUACUCUAGCAAAUAAACACAGGCAAUGUUUUAACUUAAACAUGCUUUGAAUUUCUGAGAUGUCUAUUGGUUUUUUUCCCAAGACCUGCACCAGGUGUUCUGAUACUGUUACCUCCCCAAAUGUAUUCACCUUAUGGCACAGAAUACCUUAUGCAUUCACCUUAUGGCACAGAAUAAUCCAAAUUCAUUUGAUAGAUUAUUACAUGUGUGAGGAACCUUUCUUGCGUUGUUACAAAAACUGUCUAAGGACUAGAGAAACAGUUAAUACUUAAAAUUCCAUCUUAUACACAAGGCCCAAUAAACCAUAAACCUUAGAAAUAAGCAUCACUCAUCAAAGUCUAGGUUAACAAACCAAGCACAUCCCGAAUACACGGAAUUCACCCCACCCCCCACCCCAAGCUCCCACCCUCGAAAAGCACCUGUUAGCCUCCCAGAUACCUGACCACAGACAAACCGCAAAACACUGCUCUGUACUCUAAGUGCCUUUAGCAACCCCCAACAAAGCUGAGACGUCCAGGAACCAUCUACACACUUUUCCCAGGGUAGAGAUUGGGGGGCUUUCCAUCUAGGCAGUGGGGUCCUGACUGCUGCUAUCCGCCCCUCGGAAUCUCGAGAGGAAACAGGGCUUCCUUUCGACUUCUGAGCUCAGCUGGACCCCACCCGGGGCCCCAGGGGACGUCCGCUCAGAGAUGGAGUGAUUUGGAAGCAGGGGGCGCAGACAGCCACUCCCAGGCCCCGGGGAAGUGUAGGGUGUCGGGCCGGGUUCACCGAGCGGUCCAAAGGGGUGGGAGCCUCGAGCCCCGCGGUGGCACGCCGGGGGCGCGGGGCGGGGGAGACUCUUACCCGGAGGUGCCGAACAGGAGGCGGCGGUGGGCCCUGGAGGCUACUGUAAUCCACUAGGCGCUGCCGGGCUGCGCACGCUCUGGGCUUCUUCAUGUUGGAGAAGGAGCCGCGUCGGAACCGCGCGGCUCGGUCACCCGGAGCAGGCCGGCUGCUCCCGGCGGGCGGUGCCGGCGCCGGCGGGGGCCUCGGUGCCCGGGGCUCCUUCCGGGCUCUCCCGCCCGCCGGGCUCCCUACCGGCUUCGGAGGCGGCAGCGGCGCUGCCGGGGCGAAGCGGCGGUGGGGCCAGGUUGAGCGCCGGGCGGGAGACGAGGCCGCCGCGGACCCCGCGAUCCCGCAGCCGGCGACUGGAGCCCACCUCUGCAGAGACAAAGAUGCCUGAGGAUUCAGCAAACACUGAAGAAGCAGAGGACACAGUUUGGAUGUGAAAGAGCAACACCUUCUGCACUGAAGAAUAAUUAGACAAUAUUUUUAAUUAUACAAGAAAAUCCAGCAUGUUGUUGGACCCUUCCAAGCUAGAGCACUUUAUAUGGGUCUAUACAUGUGGAACUGAACAGAGAUUGUUUAAUUCUAAGAUAUUCUGAGAAAGAACCUCAAUUGUCAUUUUUCCUCUACCUAAAAAAAAUGCACAGCUUUAUGACCGUCCUUUUCUGCUCGGGGAAGAGGGCUAGGAAAAAAACUGCACUUUUGAAAAGGCAGCCAUAUUUGCAUUUUCCCCUCUUGUGCAGAGGUAAGCCAUGUGCUAGGCUUUGUGGAACUUCACAAAAUGGCAGCCCGUGAACUGACUUUUCUCUAGGAACCAUUGAGACCCACACCCCCUUUUGUGUGUUUCUGGUCCAUGAAAACAGAGAAUCUGAUUCACUUCGAA